AUGGCCAACCACUCGAACGCAACCAAGCGGAGGAGAACGUGUAAAACAGGAUGCUUGACCUGCAAAUGCAUCUCUACCGGCAGAACAUGUGAUGGGUAUGGAAUCUGGGGUGGCGGUGGGAACCAUGUCGAGGCAAUUGGGGAAACAGCGACCCUAUUAUCUCGUAACUCGCAACACCCACGAUUGCUAGUAAACGUUCCUGUAUCACGUUAUACUCUUGAUGAACAGCUAUAUCUGGACUGGUUCCAUGUCAUAACGGUUCCGAAGAUCCCGGGCUUGUUCCCACACAGAUUUUGGAACACGUUGUUGCGGCAAGCAAGCGUGACCGAGCCAGCAGUCUUUCACGCAACCCUGACUCUGAGCUCAGCCCACAAGACUACAAGAGGUGACGAAAAUGCCACGAACAAGAUCAAUGCGCUGAACGAGCAAGACGCCUUCAUGCUUCGUAAUUACAGCAAAGCGAUUCAUCAUUUACAACCACACUUAACGACCAAAGACAGAGCGUCUACGCGCGUCGCUCUCAUAGCAUGCGCAGUCUUUACUUGCCUAGAGUUCCUGAGAGGUAAUUUCAAGACGGCGCAAACGCAUCUGAGAAGCGGCAUGCGGGUUCUACAAGAAUAUGGUAACGAACAGAACGGCGUAGUCAUCCUGCGAGCAACAGACGCUACAGACCAAUGGAUCAUAGAGACCUUCCAGCGUCUACAUAUGCAGGUUGCACUUUUUCAUCGAACGCACCUCCGACCGGCCUUCAUCAUCCUACAGCACCAGCCGUCAACUACCUCCUUAAAUUCAAACUUUGAAACCCUCCAGGAAGCCUGGAACGAGCUCAACGCCAUCCUCUACAAGAUCGUUGCCCUGAAAGGUAACGUCCCCGCUCACCAGAUCCGUGCUUCGCACGCAACAAACCACGGAACCUGCGACAGCGAGCUCAUCCCACAUCAGCAACAACUCCAAGCCUCGCUCCACCACUGGCACACCACCUACCUCACCUGCAAGCCGCACCUCGACCCACAAGAGCCUACCCUCGUGAUCAACGCCGUAAUGCUGAACUUCUACGCCCUCGCCUCCAUCCUGUGCGCUACGUCUCUCUCCACCGAACUCGCCUACGACGCGCACACCGCUGGCUUCCUCGCCAUCCUGGCAAAUUCUAUACACCUCUGGAAAUCGCGGCCUCCGGAGAAAAUAUGCGAUAAGGCUGGUUUCAACAUGGCGCAUUCGAUUGUCGACUUCGGGUGGGUGCCUCCGUUGUAUUACACCGCUGUCAAAUGCAGGGUGAGGAAGAUCAGAUCGCAUGCUGUGAGGCUGCUGGAGAGUACGCUGCAUAGGGAGGGGAUCUGGGACUGUAGGAUUAUGAGUAUGGUCAUGAGAAGGGUCAUGGAUCUAGAAGAUGAUGGUUUGUGUGGAGAUGAUGAAGGGCUUGCGUUGGAUAUGGUGCCGAGGCUUGACGGAUUGGAGCAGCCGGUAUUGCCGCUUGAGAGAAGAGUGGGCGAAAUAAAGGUCGAGAUGGAGGAUGAGAUGGUGGAGAGUGUCAUGGUUGAGUACAGGAAGGCGUGGCGUGGGGCACAGUGGGAACGUGUGCGUGUUGCGUUAACGACAACCGAAACACGCCUAGAUGCGGUUGGCCGAUGGAAGGGUCACUGA